AUGGAAUACCCAGACGAGCUCGAUGACCCUGUUCAACUCACCAUGGAAGACUUCGUUGGUCAAUCACAGGACAUGUUCACUCGUGCGCAUGACGGCCUUCAGUCGGAAGUUGAUUUUAUUCGUUUCGCGUUGGCAGGUAGGGUUGGGCCGGAGGCAGACGAGGAGGUCGACCGGUGCCAGAUCCGCCUGAAUGCCCAGCAAGGCAUCGCUCCCAUUCCUCCUCGACCCGAAAGCACUAUCACUCGUGACAUCGACUCGGUCAUUGGAGUGUCGCGUUCGUUGCCUUAUACAACAGCCUUAUCAAUUUGGCCUGUCCCCCCUUUCAGGGAGACACUAACCAAGGACAAUCACGUCAAGAGUCGCGCAUACAAUGCCGAGGGUGCUCAGAUUCAAGUCCCCAUGCACAGAAUUCCGAACGUCCCUUUGGGCAAAGUCGAACAAAGACACGUUGUCAGGAUUUUUUUCCCUAGACUUUACGCCGCAGCGUCUGAAGACCCCUCCUGGGUCGGAUUAUCUCAAGAAGACUUCGCUCUGAUAUAUGACAAAUGUCUUCGUCCAUUAAUGUUGGAACACCUACCUGACUCUAGAGACCGGUGGCCGACAUCUUAUAAUAUCGCGUUAACUCAUUCUCGGACCCUUACCGGCUCUAUCGCACUCAACUCUGUUGACGUGCCUUGGCGCGUUUUGCACCAUAUUGCAGUCCCCUUGUUGACAAGACUCGGUGAGGAGAAACCUGCGUUCAAGGAUGCGUAUUAUGUUCACGAGCUGAGGGGUAAGAAGAAUGCCGCUAUGCACGAUGGGGACGAUGCGGUUGCGAGACGUUUGGCUCUCGACGACGUAUUCGAGCAUGUUGAUGAUGAAGACCUGGAUCCUCGACAGUGGCAUGUGGAUGUUGCGCUGACUAUUGGUCUACCUGGGCACGUCGUCACCUGGCGCGAGUCUUCUCACCGAGAAACCACCGCACUUCCUUUCCAUCAAGCGCAAUACCGCGUAUGCACACCGGAACAGUGGAAUAUGCACUUUGAUCGUUUUUUUCCCACUUCUACUGUCAAAAAAGGUGCUAAAGCUAGAGUGGAGGAUCGUCAGAAUUUCAAGAAAUGCACUUACUUCAAGCGUUACAUCUCUCUUGUACAGAAAAUCGAACCCGCAACCCUGCCCAGGCUCAGACGUGCACUCCGGAAGGAAUUCGACACCCUGGCAUGGGUGCCAUACACUCAGACUGACCGUAUGUGGCUGACCUCAGCAGUGCCCGGUAGAGCAUGGAAGAUGCUUCCUCCCGUGAGACGAGACUCAGAACAAGCGGGCCCAGCGAUCGGAAUAAAUCCACGGUUCCAGAGGAAACUAGUCACCCUGCGCACAUUUCCUCAGCCUGACGAGAGCGAUGAGGACGAGGCGGGCUCCGAGGGGGAUGAUUAG